CAGACAAGGUGAGUGAGUUGGAGUCUUUCAGUAGCAGGAGGAGGGCCAAUAGCUUAAAGAACAAUGCAGGGCAUGGACGCUUACUGCCAGGAAACAAGAUGCUUUGUGUUAGCCAGCAAUUUACUGUAGAUUAAUAAUUUUGGAAAGUUUGUAAACAAUCUGCUGAAAUAUAUCUUUCUUCAGAACCUUUUACAAGACCAUCUCCAGCUGUUCUUCUGGUCCGAGGGGAGAAGUAAACCGUCAUCAUGAGUGGGGAUGCAGAAAUGGAGUGCUUCGGCCCUGCGGCCAUAUUUCUCCGCAAGCCAGAAAAAGAGCGAAUUGAAGCCCAGAAUGCUCCUUUUGAUGCUAAAACAGCCUACUUUGUGUCCGAGCCCAGUCAGAUGUACCUCAAGGGAAAGCUCACCAAGAAAGAGGGUGGCAAAGCCACUGUGGAGACUUUGUGUGGGAAGACUAUCACUGUGAAGGAAGAUGAAAUCUUCCCCAUGAAUCCACCAAAGUUUGAUAAAAUUGAGGACAUGGCCAUGAUGACCCACCUCAAUGAGCCCACUGUGCUGUAUAACCUCAAAGAGCGAUAUGCAGCAUGGAUGAUCUACACCUACUCUGGGUUGUUCUGCGUUACUGUGAACCCCUACAAGUGGCUCCCAGUGUACGAUGCAGUGGUUGUUGCAGGAUACAGGGGCAAAAAGAGAAUUGAAGCUCCUCCCCACAUCUUCUCCAUCUCUGAUAACGCCUAUCAGUUCAUGCUCCAAGAUAGAGAAAACCAGUCUAUCCUGAUUACUGGAGAAUCUGGUGCAGGAAAGACUGUGAACACCAAACGUGUCAUCCAGUACUUUGCGACAAUCGCAGUGUCAUCCACUGGAAAGAAAGCUGAACCAGUUCCUGGAAAAAUGCAGGGAUCACUGGAAGAUCAGAUCAUUGCAGCCAACCCACUGCUGGAAGCUUAUGGAAAUGCCAAGACUGUGAGGAAUGACAACUCCUCUCGUUUUGGAAAAUUCAUUAGAAUCCAUUUUGGUUCAACUGGAAAGUUGGCUUCUGCUGAUAUUGAAACAUAUUUGCUGGAGAAGUCUAGAGUGACAUUCCAGCUGUCUGCUGAGAGGAGCUACCACAUCUUCUAUCAGCUGACAACAGGCCACAAGCCUGAGUUAGUAGAGGCUCUCCUGAUUACCACCAAUCCCUAUGAUUAUCCAAUGAUCAGUCAGGGAGAAAUCACUGUCAAAAGUAUCGAUGAUGUUGAAGAAUUUGUUGCUACUGAUACUGCCAUCGACAUUCUGGGUUUUACUGCAGAGGAAAAGAUGAGCAUGUACAAACUGACAGGAGCUGUGAUGCAUCAUGGAAACAUGAAAUUCAAGCAGAAGCAGCGUGAGGAGCAGGCUGAGCCUGAUGGCACAGAAGUGGCUGAUAAAAUCGCCUAUCUGAUGGGUCUGAACUCUGCCGAUUUGCUCAAAGCUUUGUGUUACCCUAGAGUGAAGGUUGGGAAUGAGUAUAAGAAAGAGGGAAUUGAAUGGGAGUUCAUUGACUUUGGCAUGGACUUGGCUGCAUGCAUUGAGCUCAUUGAGAAGCCAAUGGGCAUCUUCUCCAUCCUUGAAGAGGAGUGUAUUGUUCCCAAGGCAACAGACAUGACCUUCAAGAGCAAACUGUAUGACCAACAUCUGGGAAAAAGUGCCCCCUUCCAGAAGCCAAAACCUGCCAAAGGAAAAGCUGAGGCUCAUUUCUCUCUGGUGCACUAUGCUGGCACUGUGGACUACAAUGUCAAUGGCUGGCUGGAAAAGAAUAAGGACCCCCUGAAUGACACUGUGGUCCAACUUUACCAGAAAUCUGCUUGCAAACUUCUGGCUUUUCUAUAUGCAUCCCAUGCUUCUGGAGAAGGAGAGGGUGGUGGCAAGAAGGGUGGCAAAAAGAAGGGAGGCUCCUUCCAGACAGUGUCUGCAUUGUUCAGGGAGAAUCUGGGCAAGCUAAUGACUAAUCUGAGAAGCACACAUCCUCAUUUUGUGCGCUGCUUGAUUCCCAAUGAGUCUAAGACUCCAGGUCUUAUGGAGAACUUCUUAGUUAUCCACCAGCUUAGAUGCAAUGGUGUGCUGGAGGGUAUCAGAAUCUGCAGAAAAGGUUUCCCCAGCAGGAUCCUUUAUGGUGACUUCAAGCAGAGAUACAAAGUACUCAAUGCCAGUGUCAUCCCUGAGGGUCAGUUCAUUGACAACAAGAAGGCUUCUGAGAAACUCUUGGGCUCUAUUGAUGUUGACCACACUCAGUACAAGUUUGGGCACACCAAGGUGUUCUUCAAGGCUGGACUGCUGGGAGUCCUUGAGGAGAUGCGAGAUGAAAAACUGGCAGAGCUGGUUACAAUGACUCAAGCUCUCUGCAGAGGAUUCCUUAUGCGGCGCGAGUUUGUCAAGAUGAUGGAGAGGCGAGAUGCUAUUUUCACCAUCCAAUACAACAUCCGUGCAUUCAUGAAUGUCAAGACUUGGCCAUGGAUGAAGUUGUACUUCAAGAUUAAGCCUCUCCUGAAGAGUGCAGAGACAGAGAAAGAGAUGGCCCAAAUGAAGGAGGACUUUACCAAGACCAAGGAGGAUCUGACAAAGGCUUUGGCUAAGAAGAAGGAACUGGAGGAGAAAAUGGUUUCUCUCCUUCAGGAGAAGAAUGAUUUGUUGUUACAAGUGCAAUCUGAAGGUGAAAGCCUUGCUGAUGCAGAGGAAAGGUGUGAGGGGCUCAUCAAAGCAAAGAUCCAGCUUGAGGCCAAACUGAAAGAGACCAACGAGAGACUGGAAGAUGAGGAGGAAAUAAAUGCUGAGCUCACAGCGAAGAAGAGGAAACUUGAGGAUGAGUGCUCUGAGUUAAAGAAGGACAUUGAUGACUUGGAGCUGACUCUUGCCAAAGUAGAAAAGGAGAAACAUGCCACUGAGAACAAGGUCAAAAACCUCACAGAGGAAAUGGCCUCCCAAGAUGAGACCAUUGCUAAACUGACAAAGGAGAAGAAAGCCCUCCAAGAGGCUCAUCAACAGACCCUUGAUGAUCUGCAGGCAGAGGAAGACAAAGUCAACACUCUGACCAAAGCCAAAACAAAGCUGGAGCAACAAGUGGAUGAUCUUGAAGGCUCCUUAGAGCAAGAAAAGAAGCUCCGUAUGGACCUUGAGCGAGCUAAAAGAAAGCUGGAAGGAGACCUGAAAUUGGCCCAGGAGUCCAUAAUGGAUCUAGAGAAUGACAAGCAGCAGUCUGAGGAGAAGAUCAAGAAAAAAGACUUUGAGAUAAGCCAACUCCUCAGCAAGAUUGAGGAUGAGCAGUCUCUUGGAGUUCAGUUACAGAAAAAGAUAAAGGAGCUGCAGGCUCGUAUUGAGGAGCUUGAAGAGGAAAUUGAGGCUGAGCGAGCAGCUCGGGCAAAGGUAGAGAAGCAGAGAGCUGAUCUCUCUAGAGAACUUGAGGAGAUCAGCGAGAGACUGGAGGAGGCUGGAGGAGCCACUGCAGCUCAGAUUGAGAUGAACAAGAAGCGCGAGGCUGAGUUUCAGAAGCUGCGCCGUGACCUUGAAGAGGCCACCCUGCAGCAUGAAGCUACAGCUGCAGCUCUCCGUAAGAAGCAGGCUGACAGCGUGGCAGAGCUGGGUGAGCAGAUAGAUAACCUGCAGAGAGUCAAACAGAAGCUGGAGAAAGAAAAAAGUGAAUACAAGAUGGAGAUUGAUGACCUCUCAAGCAACAUGGAGUCUGUUGCAAAAGCAAAGGGAAACCUUGAGAAGAUGUGCAGGACCUUGGAAGAUCAGCUGAGUGAACUCAGAGCCAAGAACGAGGAGAAUGUUCGUCAACUGAAUGAUAUCAGCGGACAGAAAGCUCGACUCCAAACAGAAAGUGGGGAAUUGGCUCGUCAGCUUGAUGAGAAAGAAGCUCUUGUAUCCCAGCUGACCAGAGGUAAACAAGCUUAUACUCAGCAGAUUGAAGAACUGAAAAGGCACAUAGAAGAGGAAGUGAAGGCCAAGAACGCUCUGGCUCAUGCUGUUCAGUCGGCUCGUCAUGACUGUGAUCUGCUCAGGGAGCAGUAUGAGGAGGAGCAGGAGGCCAAAGCUGAGCUACAGCGUGCUAUGUCCAAGGCUAACAGCGAGGUGGCUCAAUGGAGAACCAAGUAUGAGACCGAUGCCAUUCAGCGCACAGAGGAGUUGGAAGAGGCAAAGAAAAAGCUCGCCCAACGUCUCCAGGAUGCUGAAGAGUCCAUUGAGGCUGUGAAUGCAAAAUGUGCCUCUCUAGAAAAGACCAAACAAAGACUGCAGGGUGAGGUGGAAGACCUUAUGAUCGACGUGGAGAGAGCUAAUGCUCUGGCUGCUAAUCUGGACAAGAAGCAGAGGAACUUUGACAAGGUCCUUGCCGAAUGGAAGCAGAAGUAUGAGGAAAGCCAAGCGGAGUUGGAGGGAGCUCAGAAAGAGGCUCGAUCGCUGAGUACUGAGCUGUUCAAAAUGAAAAACUCAUAUGAAGAAGCUCUGGACCACCUGGAGACCCUGAAGAGGGAAAACAAGAACCUUCAACAGGAGAUCUCGGACCUGACUGAACAACUUGGUGACACAGGAAAGACGAUCCAUGAGCUAGAAAAAGGAAAAAAGACUGUGGAAAGUGAGAAAUCUGAAAUACAGACAGCUUUGGAGGAGGCCGAGGCCACCCUUGAGCACGAAGAGUCCAAGAUUCUCCGUGUCCAGCUGGAGCUCACUCAACUCAAGAGUGAAAUUGACAGAAAACUUGCAGAGAAGGACGAGGAGAUCGAGCAGAUCAAGAGGAACAGCCAGAGGGUGAUGGAGUCCAUGCAGAGUACUCUGGAUGCUGAGGUCAGGAGCAGAAACGAUGCCCUGAGAAUCAAGAAGAAGAUGGAGGGAGACCUCAAUGAGAUGGAGAUACAGCUGAGCCACGCCAACCGACAGGCGGCUGAAGCCCAGAAACAGCUGAGAAACGUCCAGGGACAGCUUAAGGAUGCCCAGCUUCACCUUGACGAGGCAAUCCGAGGCCAGGAUGAUAUGAAAGAGCAGGUUGCCAUGGUGGAGCGCAGGAACAACCUGAUGACUGCUGAAAUCGAGGAGCUCAGAGCUGCUCUGGAGCAGACGGAGAGAAGCCGUAAAAUGGCUGAGCAAGAGCUGGUUGAUGCCAGUGAGCGUGUUGCACUGCUGCACUCUCAGAAUACCAGCCUAAUCAACACCAAGAAGAAGCUGGAGUCUGACUUUGUACAUAUCCAAGGUGAGGUGGAGGAUGCUGUUCAGGAGGCAAGAAAUGCUGAAGAAAAGGCCAAGAAGGCCAUCACUGAUGCUGCCAUGAUGGCAGAGGAGCUGAAGAAGGAGCAGGACACCAGCGCUCAUUUGGAGAGGAUGAAGAAGAACCUGGAGGUGACAGUGAAGGACCUCCAGCACCGUUUGGAUGAAGCUGAAAAUCUGGCCAUGAAGGGAGGAAAGAAGCAGCUCCAGAAACUGGAAGCUAGGGUGCGUGAACUUGAGGGGGAGGUUGAAAGUGAGCAGCGAAGAGGAGCCGAGGCCGUCAAAGGUGUUCGCAAAUAUGAAAGAAGAGUGAAGGAGCUCACCUAUCAGACUGAGGAGGACAAGAAGAACAUUGUCAGGCUGCAGGACCUGGUGGACAAGCUGCAGCUGAAAGUGAAAGCAUAUAAGAGACAGGCUGAGGAGGCUGAGGAACAGGCCAACUCUCACAUUUCCAGGCUAAGGAAGGUGCAGCAUGAGAUGGAGGAAGCUCAGGAGCGUGCUGACAUCGCUGAGUCCCAGGUUAACAAGCUGAGGGCCAGGAGUCGGGAAAUUGGAAAAGCAAAGGAGUCUGAAGAAUAAGAUAAAACCCAGAUGAGAGACGAAAUGAGAAUCAUAAAAUAUGAUAUUUCAUUGAGUUGGUCUCACUAAAUGUUCAUCAGUAAAUAAAUUAUUUAACAAA